CUCUUGCUCCUGCUCUUCCCUCUCCCUUUCCUCCUGUACAUCGCUGCACCCCAUAUCAGGAAGAUGCUGGCCAGUGGUGUGUGUACAUCAACUGUCCAGCUUCCUGGGAAAGUAGCCGUUGUCACUGGAGCCAACACAGGCAUUGGGAAGGAGACCGCCAAAGAGCUGGCUCAGAGAGGAGCCCGGGUAUAUUUAGCUUGCCGAGAUAUGCAAAAGGCGGAAUUAGUGGCCAAAGAAAUCCAGACCAAAACAGGGAAUAAGCAGGUGUUGGCACGAAAACUGGAUCUUGCUGAUACUAAGUCUAUUCGGGCCUUUGCUGAGAAUUUCUUAGCAGAAGAAAAGCAGCUUCACAUUUUGGUCAACAACGCAGGAGUGAUGAUGUGUCCCUACUCUAAGACAGUGGAUGGUUUUGAAAUGCACAUGGGAGUCAACCACUUAGGUCACUUCCUCCUGACCCACUUACUGCUAGAGAAAUUGAAGGAAUCAGCCCCAUCAAGGAUAAUAAAUGUGUCUUCCUUGGCACAUCACCUGGGAAGGAUCAACUUCCAUAAUCUUCAGGGCGAGAAGUUCUACAGUGCUGGCCUGGCAUACUGUCACAGCAAGUUGGCCAACAUUCUCUUCACUCAGGAACUAGCCCGGAGGCUAAAAGGCACUAAUGUUACCACAUACUCUGUACAUCCUGGCACAGUCAACUCUGAAUUGACUCGAUACUCGCUUAUCAUGAAGUGGCUUGGUCGGCUUUUCUCCUCCUUUUUGAAGACUCCUGAGCAGGGAGCCCAGACAAGCCUGUUCUGUGCUUUAACAGAAGGCCUUGAGAGUCUGAAUGGGAAGCAUUUUAGUGACUGCCAGGUGGCAUGUGUCUCUCCUCGCGCUCGAAAUGAGACAGUAGCUCGGCGGCUGUGGGAUGUCAGCUGUGACCUGCUGGGCAUCCCGUUGGAUUGA